ACCUUUCUUUCAGGUUCUUCUAGUCUGAGGCUGAAGGCUAUUGCUCUGCAUUCCUCCCUUGUAAUAUGAACCUUGGUUUGUAGGAAGCAUGUUGCUUGCCAUGUGCUUGAGAAUAAUAAUGCUAGCAGAUGUUUUGAAGGCACUUUUCCUCUGGCUUUCUGCUUCAAUUCAUGUUCUCGGCUUUCAAGGGCUCUGAUUUUCUAAAUCUGUGACCAAGUGAUGUAACGUCUUUUAUCCCCAAAAGAAAGGAGACAUGUAAUGUUAUCAACAUCCAUUGGUUUCCUGUUUGAUUCAUAAUCUGAGCUGUACGGCCAAGCCUGUGACAGGAUGAGAAGGUUACACAGAGGACUUGUUGGCUUCAGGAGCAAUUGUCUCGAAUAAGCUGAUACACACACUGUUGUGAUUGGAAAAUGAAGGAGGUAAUCCACUGGUCACCCAAGGAGGUUGCUGACUGGUUAACCAACAGAGGUCUACCGGAAUACUUGGAGACCUUUAAAUCCCUUAAUGGCCAAGGUUUGCUCAGGUUAAGAGAAGAUGACUUUUACAAGCCUCCGCUGUCCCUUGUCUCUUCUGAUAAUGGAAGGCAGCUGUUGGAGAUGAUAGAAACGCUGAAAAUCGAACAUCACAUAGAGGAACACAAAAAUGGCCACGCAAAUGGACAUAUUUACACCAAAGCUGAGAUUAAUUCGAACGAUCAUGCUUUCACCAGCAAAGCCAAGAAGAAUGGUAUGCCAAAUGGAAUCCGCAAGGAAAUGAUCCAAAUUUCUAUGCCAGAGGUGGACCGGUCGCUGUCUUUUCCGAAUGAGUGGAAUAAAACCCUUGUAGCCUUCCUCUAUGCACUUUGCUGUUUUAUGUUCACCACGGUGAUGAUUUCCGUUGUCAAUGAACGUGUGCCUUCCAAGACAGAAGAGGGUCCCCUUCCGGAUGUAUUUUUUGAUCAUUUUGACAGGGUUGCAUGGGCUUUCUCAAUUUGUGAGAUUAAUGGAAUGAUCUUAGUGGCAGCCUGGAUUCUCCAGUGGAUAUUCCUAAAGUACAAAUCCAUAGUUAGCCGAAGAUAUUUUUGUAUAGUUGGUACUCUGUACUUGUAUCGCUGUAUAACUAUGUAUGUUACUACACUGCCAGUUCCUGGAAUGCAUUUCAACUGUUCUCCAAAGCUUUUUGGUAACUGGGAAGCCCAGUCCCGGAGGAUUAUGAAGUUGAUUGCAGGAGGAGGACUUUCAAUUACAGGAGCUCACACUAUGUGUGGGGACUAUCUGUACAGUGGCCACACAGUCAUGUUAACACUGACAUAUAUGUUUAUUAAAGAGUAUUCGUCUCGGCGCUUCUGGUGGUAUCACUGGAUCUGCUGGUGUCUCAGCGCUGUCGGGAUCUUCUGUAUUCUUUUGGCACAUGACCACUAUACUGUGGAUGUUGUUGUUGCUUAUUACAUCACUUCCAGGUGUUUCUGGUGGUAUCACACUAUGGCCAACCAACAGGUGCUGAAAGAUGCUUCCCCAUCAAACCUCCUUUCAAGGGUGUGGUGGUACAGACCUUUCCAGUACUUUGAGAGGAAUAUUCAUGGUGUUGUACCCCGUACCUAUCACUGGCCCAUUCCUUGGCCUUGGUUUCUUGCUAGGCAAGUGAAGUACAGUAGACUGGUCAAUGUGGCAUAAUCACAAUAUGCUGGCAGUGGACUGGGAAGCUCACUGAAGUGCUUAAAACUCUGAGAUGUUGCCAUAAAAGCAAACACCAACACCCCUCUGUAUGUUAAGUUACCUUGACCUUUUUCAGUUAUCUGGUCAACACUGUGAUCAUUUUUUCUCCAAAGGACCCAUGUUGGAAGUACAUGAGAACCAAGAAUUUAACUUAUCAUGCACUGUACAGUUUCCUUCACACGUGGGAAGUACAUUAUCCAUAGCCAUGCUUGUUUGUAUAUGAAGAAACACUGAACAAUAGAACACUGAGAUUUUAUAAUCUACAUUUUGUCUUUUCCAGUCAUGUCUGGGAAUAAACAAUUAUUUUCUUGGGAAAACAAUUUCAUACCACUUACCCUAAAUACUGGGCUCUAAGCCAUUUUCUAACCAGUGUCUCUAUGAAGGCUUUGUUGUACCUGAACAAAUGUAUGCUGCAGUCCCACAUAAUGGGAGGUAUACCGGCACUGGUUGAAGGUGAUAUUUGUUCUUUUUUAAUUAUAUUUUAAUUGUCUCCUUAUUUGAGCAUUUCAAGUGUACCUAAAUUUGAUUUGAUUUCAAUAUUUUUUUUUUUUUAUAUAUAUAUACUUAAAAGUAUUUUUUCCAGUGCUGUGGGACUGCAGCUGUGUAUUUUGCAGACUAUCUGUUGCACCAAUGCUCUACAUUACAAAUGAUACACAAAGAAUGGUUUAGUAAAUAUGAUUUUGUAAAAGAAUCUUUAGCAACCGUGUCAAAAAUAUUAAUUACACUCUGUUGUAAAGUGAUUUUUCUAAGUAUUUCCUACCUUUAUUUUUCAAACUAAUGUUGAUACAGAUAUAUAAAGAUUUUUACAUGUCGGAGAGAAGAUCUAAUAGGGAGAGAGAUUUGUAAAUGUUUCUAGUGCCUUCCUUGUCUUGAAUGUAUGGUUAGUAGGCAGUCUUAAUAAAUUUUUAUUUUAAAGUAUUCCAUAACACACUUGAAGAUGAAAAAGUAUAUAGAUAUAUAAUAUAUGGAAAGGUUAUGACAUAUUUUUGGCAUUCACAUUUAGAAGACACUUUAACUCAGAUUUUCAUUGUUUCGUUUCACCGUAAACAAAAAUAGAAUGUUUGAAGCAAGUCAUAAGUUACAUAUGUUCAUUUUUUUUCUUUCUUUUUUUGUUUUUAAAUUUUUUUUUAAUCUUAAAAAAACAGUAACUAUUCCUUAGCAGUUACAAAUGUUCAUUAUCCCUUGUUAAAGCCCACUGUAGUUUGAUACCAUGCCAUGCAUACAUGUGACACUCCUGGUGGUCAAUUUCUCUGUUUUAUUUGUGCCGAAAAAAUUUGUUAUGGUAUUUUCGCACUAACCAUAUUUAAGAUGAAAAGUAUUUGAUCAUAUGAUUGCCAAUGUACAGGAUAUAGUAGUUUUUUUAAGAAUGAAUAUAAAUAUAUCUAUAACUGAUAUAUAUUCUCGUAUAUAUAUCUGUUCUGUAUUUUCUGUAUAGCAGAUCUUUCUUUUGUGUUUUUUUUUUUCCCCUUUUGUGUAUUCACAAGGUGAUGUUUGUACUGUAAAGAGAACUAUUGGUGAUUUGAAAAUAAAAUGGUUACAAAAACCUAAAAAGCAAAUAGAAUACACUUGAAUUGUGUUUGUGCUUGUAUUCAUAGCCUUACCAUUAAUGCUGGGCAGUAUGGAUCUGAAAUGUCUUUGUCUAUUUAUGGUGUCUACUGUUAAUGACUUAAUAUAAAAAACGAAAAACAAAA